CAAACACAUGCACUAGCAGCGCUCUGGAUCAACGCAGCAUGUCCAGAAGCCAAACCCCAUCGAUGCCGGAGCGCUUCACCUUCUCGAUGCUGCCGCGCCUAGGUCGGCGCCGGCCCUCGGACGGCGCGUCGGUCGAGCCCUCCGAUGCGUCGCACACGGCCGAGCACGACGGCGACGACGACGACGAGGGCGAGUUUGAGGACCUCGAGACGCCGCCGCCUCUGCCACCCGCUUUCCACAGCAACAACGCCAACGCGCGCUUCGCAGCGCAGCCGCCGAGCUGGGACGUCCGGCGCAAGACGCUCGUCACAGACAUUGGCGACCAUGGCGUCACGUCGCUUCGGUACACGUCGAUGAAGCACAUGGGCGCGACGUCGACGGCGCGUGAGACCGAGCCGUUCUCGUUUCGCAAGUUUCUACAUGCGCGUGGCAACGAAGAGCACCUGCAGGAGCUUUCGACCGCGCGCCGGCGCCACGUGCACCCGAUCGACGAGGCGAGCGACGAGCCGAUCGCGCGGUACCUCCAAGAGCAGCAGCGCUACACGUUUGCGCUCAUCCUUCGCAACACGUGCCAAGUCAAAGACCACUUGCAGCGGACGCGGCCCGCGUACCGGUCGCAGCCGUACGACGACUUGACGCGGCAGGUAAGCGCGCUGCACGAGAAGAUUUGCCGGCGGCUCGUGCAAGCCGGGCUCGGCGUCAUCCUCCUCGACAAUGACUCGCGCUUCGAGGACGUCGACUUCAACAUGACGCCGCAGAUGCGCCACUUUGCGCACACGGACAACAUUUGCAUUCUCCUCGACCCGUACAAGGACAAGGACCUCCUCGCCGAAGAGUUUAAGCGCGAGAAGGACGAGUGGGCCAUCAAGCAGGGCAAAGCGUCGUCGCGGCUCAGCGAAAACUCGCACUUGACGACCGACCUCUCGUUUUCGCCGGCGCUCGAGCUCCAACUGACGCAGAACAUCAUCCAGAACGCGCUGCGGGAGUACGACACGGAGGCGUGGGUGCUCGACAUGCAGAACGCGCUCUCGGUGCACGACGUCAUCGAGUCGAUCUUCCCGCUGCACGACCGCGUCUUCAACGAAGAGUUCUUCGCCGAGUACCGGAAGCGGACGUUUGCCUUCUCGGUGACGAAAGCCACGCGCGGCAACUCGGAGCGCUGGGCGAUCGAGGAGCUCCGGUUCCACUUUGGCGAGCGCGUCGCGUUCCUCUUCGCGUUCAUGCACAUCUACUCGAAGCUCUUGUGGCCGCUCAUGAUGGUCUUCGUCGUCUACUACUUGGCGCUUCGGUUCCUCUCGGGCGCUGUGUGGCAAGCGUACGUCCAAGGCCUCGCAGUGCUCGCGUUCCUCGCGUCGGCGAUCUGGGCGCCGACGUUCCUCGUCAUGUGGCAGCGCGAGACGCGGCUCCUCGUCGAGAAGUGGAACAUUGGCAACGACAUCAAGAACAAAGAGUCGGCGUUCGAUGUCAACGACGAGAACCCGCUCUUCCAGUACAAGUGGCAGCGCAACCCGCUCACCAACAAGAUGGACAAGAUGCCGAUCUCGCGCAAGAAGACGGUCAUCCAAGCCGUCAUGUUUGGGUUCGUCGGCGCGUCGGUCGUGCUCCAGUGCCUCUUCACGCUGCCGUUCAUCCAGUGGUACGUCUUCGCCAAGACGGUCGCCACCUGCGACGAGUGCAACACGGCCGCGCUCACGUCGUCGACUCCGUCCGUGUGCGUCGCGAUGAUCAACUGCUUCAACUCGCCGACGUCGGCGCUCGGGACAGACCGCUGGCUGUACAUUCUCCUCCAAGGCGCGGCGCUUGGGCUCCUCAUUGAUAUCGUCUUCUUCGAGCUCUUCAAUUGGCUCUCGGCCAAGUUUGUCGAGUGGGAAAACUAUGCGUGGAAGUCCGAGUACGAAGCGCGCCUGAUUCAACGGCGCUUCCUCUUUGUGUGGAUGAACUGGUUCUUCUGGUUCCUAUUCCUCGCGUUCGUGUACCUUCCGUUUGGCGAGCAAGCCAUCAAGUACCUCUCGUCCGACGCGCCGUCCGUCCCGGACGCGGUUCGCAGCGUCUUCAAGCUCAUCCAAUGGAACGCAUCGGUGCUGACGCUCGACACGCUCUUUGUGACGCCGCUCGUCAUCACCCAAGUGCUCAACAUGCUCAUGGAAACCAUCAUCCCGUACCUCGUGCGGAAAUGCCGGGGCAAGCCGAUCCACUUUCGCAACACGUGUCUGCGGGGCAUGACGCACCAGACCGCCAACUGGUUCUGCACGCGCGCGCUCACGUCCAGCACCGUGACGACCAACAAGAGCGCCAAGGCCCUCGCGACCGCGAUCUCGUCCUCGACGCGCUUCUUCAUCCCGACCAUGUUCUUCUCGGACGACUCGAACGGGUACACGGCGUACAACAUCGUCGCCGAGUCCAAGCUCACGGAAUUCGACCCGACGUUCGACUACCUCGACGCGGCGAUCCAGUUUUCGUAUGUGGUCAUGUUUACGGUGGUCUGGCCGCUCUUGCCCUUCCCCGCGUUCCUCAACAACGUGCUCGAAGUGCGCGGCGACGCGUUCCGCCUCUUGUUUGUGAACCGCCGGCCGAUGCCGCGCCGGGACACGUCGAUCGGCGAGUGGGCGACCGUCCUCUCGUACGCCAACAUCAUUGGCAUCACGGUCGUCGCCGGGCUCAUUGCGGUCUACCACUUUCCGUACUUUGUGACGUCGUGCAACUUUGCCUUUGACAGUGCGGUCAUGGUGCCAAUGCAGUCGAUCCCGUUCGAGCUCAGCACGAACGCGACGGCGUGUGGGGCCGAGAUGCGGUCGCAGAGCUGGGUUAUGCCCCAAGUGAUCGUGUUUGUACUACUGGAGCACCUCGCGUUCUGCCUCCGGUACCUCGUGCUGCAGUUUGAUCGGAUGCCGUCCCGGAUUGGCAAUGCGAGCUACCAGCGGCUCAAGCAGAUCGAGACGCUCGGCGUGUCCAAGUCGGCGUACGCCGAACAGUUUGAGUGUCUGCGCCAAAUGCGCCUCGUCUUCGACAAGUACGACGUGCACGGCGCCGACCAGCUCCGGUCGCCCGAGGUCCUCCAGCUCUUUGUCGCCGAGUGGGUUGCCAAGCCGCCGUCGCAGAUGCUCUCGGCCAACCUUCUCUUUCAGUACAUGGACAAGAACGAGCUCGGCUACGUGAGCUUCUCGACCGUCUGCCUCCUGCUCAUGCACGUGCACCACGACCGGUUCCUCUCGCGCCUCCUUGGCAUUUCCGACUGGAUGGAAGACUUUCAGAGCGCCGGGAUCCAAGCCGCCGACUAUGACGCCAAGCUCUCGAGCGACGAGUGGGAUCCGACUGUGCAUGGCCACGACGGCGCUGCGUAACGAUCAAAGAAUACAAGGCCGUAUAUAUGUAGU